AUGACCCAGGGGGCAGUGAUAGGAAACCCCAUUGCCCCUUCGACAGAUACGGCUCAGGUCCAACAACCGGGGGUCCCAAACGGCCCCUCCCCAACCACGACAAUUCCUCUCCCAUCUCGUGGCCAUGGAAACAAUCCGCAAAGUGAUAUCUCGUUGGAGCAGAAUGCUCUCGGUCGUGCCUCUCCGGCGGACGCGUCCCUUGGUCUCGCGCCGUCUCGUUUCGCUGAGCUCUACGGCCUUGGAAGUGAUAUGGAACCGAUCCUGAUGAAGUAUCGUCCAUAUGACAGUUCGACACAUGAGUUUUGUCUAGAGACUCAUGCCAUCCGACGCGUCCUUGACAAGGAUGACGGCCAGGAGUACCCCCUCACGUUCCAUGUGGCCGCAGAUGAGAAAGCCCUCGAGGCAGACGUCGAUCUCAGCCAGGUCACUGCCAUUGAGAAUUGCGUUACCCCCCAUGGACCAACCCUUUUGGACCUGUUUUGGAGACACGUGCAACCGUGCUAUCCCAUCCUAUCAAAGGAUGUCUUCAUGCAAGGAUACAAGCGUUCUUUCAAGUGUGUCCCGGCCGCGCUUCUGGGAGCCAUCUAUCUCUCUGCGCUUCGGUGGUGGGGGUACGAUGCUGAGCUAUCUCUGUACCCUCCUCCCAAUGCUGCAACUCUCCGGAAGCUGAUAUACAAAUCGCUUCCAAUAUGCUACCACCGCCCUAAACUAUCCUCCAUCCAAGCCACCCUCCUUCUACUGCAAUGCCAGCCCGAGGAUCCUCUCAACCCUGGCCAUACUUUCCAGUGGGGUCUUACAUGCCAAGCUCUGGCAAUCGGCCAGUGCCUGGGGCUGCAUUUAGAUGCCAGCAGCUGGUCGAUUCCACCAUGGGAGAGGAAUGUACGCAAGAGGCUUAGCUGGGCGUUGUACAUGCAGGACAGAUGGACGGCCCUGGCCUAUGGAAGACCCGUUCACAUCCACGAUGAUGACUGGACCACCGAAGACCUUACCGAUGCCGAUUUCGCAGACAGUGAAGAUCCCCUGCCACCGAACCAAGGAGACAAACAGAGAUCUUUCGUCUUCACUGGUAUGUUGCAAUAUGUACAUAUGGUCCAGCUCACCAAGAUUCUUUCCUCGGUACUGUCUGCAUUCUAUACUGCUCGUGCGAGCCGCGGGCAGGAUACUAUUCUAUUAUACCAACGGGCCCAACCAUUAUUUGAGGCACUAAGACAAUGGAGUAAUAGUAUUCCACCAGAAUUGCAGAUGGGGAUCACCUAUCAGAGGAAGCUGUGCUUCCAUGGCUAUCUUCACUUUUCCUACUAUGGAGUCAUGAUAAGCUUGCUACGUCGUCUUAUUCGCUCAACCGUCUUGCCUCCUCGAUGUGUAGAUGAUCAGGUCCUGGCCGAGAUCCGCCAACUCGCGUUACAGACAGCGCAGGGCGCGAUCUCCUUUGUUACAAGCCUGCGUCCUGACCACCUCGAGGCGUUCUGGUAUUUCACGUCCCCGUAUCUAUUCUCUCUGCUGGGAUCCUUCACCACUCUCUUACUGGUCACGUCGCUCUCUUCGCAAGAACGAAGCUUCUGGCAAGAGACGCUGAACUCGUACCUGUGGACGCUACGGGUGAUGAGCAAAGGCAGUGGACCAAUGCAGUAUGCAGUCAACCGGCUUGAAGGCGCGAUACUUCGGGGCUUGGAGCACUCGCUGGCUGUCAAUCUGAAUGAGCCCAUCGAUGACAACGUCGGUCUUGAUGUCGUUAGUUUUCAAACGGCCCAGACCUAUGAAUUUACCGACUUUGGCGACUGGGACCUGGCAGCUGAUGGGGCGUACGAUCUGCUGAGUGGCAUGAUCUUGUCACCGGAAGAACUCACAAUGAGGGGUAAUACGGGCGGGACAUUGUAA